AUGGCAGCCAUGGCAUUCCUUAUUGUGAUACACGGCACGUAUGAAAAAUGCCUGAAAGGACUGAGGAUAGGCUGGUUAGGGUUCAGUCAGGUGAGAAAGGGAGGGAUUGUGAGUACACUGCCCCUGGCCUACGUGGCACGGACUGAGACUCUGGCUCCAGGUCAGACCAUUACAUCCAAACCCCCUGCUGGAAUGAGGAAAGUGACCUUAUUGGGUCCCACUGGGAAACCACAUUAUCCUGCAUCCUACCCUGUCCAAACACAAGCCUAACCCACACCAACUGGGCCUGGGGAUGACCCCAUCCGUUUAAUGUGCUGUUCAUGAAUGGCAAAUUGUUCAGAACCAGUCCGUGGUUCUACACGUGCCACAACCACGUUGCCGUAGGAAAAUAGGAACGCUGGUCGCAGAGUAUAUUGAAUUAGUCUUCUAGACAAACAUUUUUUCCAAGCUAACAUGCUGUGUUGACAGGGCCAUAAACAACUCAAAGGCUAUUCCAGCUCACUAUAGCCACUGUGAUAGUUGUUGUGCUUACAUUACUUCAGGUAAAUGUUUAUUCUUGACUUUCUUGUUUCCCAGGGAUACAGUGGUGAGGGAGUCUUUGAAUAUCCUUCACUUUGAGGCAACAGUUCUACAGAUUCACAUGAAUAAAGCAACCCCUUGAUGACAAAAACCUGUGACUUGUAGCCACCUUCACAGCAGAGAGUGCUUCCCUCUUCCCAGCCUUUCCUUGAUUACUGUAAUCAUUUUUUGAAGUGGUCUACUAUCAGUUUCUCUUCAACCAACAAAGACAAUUGCCCUCCCCUCCACCUGAAGGCAACUUCCUGCCCAAAAUGCCUCUAGUCCCAUCCUUCCUCCUCCUGCUCCUCGCCUGCCCUGCCCUCCUGACCCUAUCAGGUUCACAGAGCCUGCAGACUGGGGGUCAAAGGGCACCCAGGAACACAAAGCCAGAGGGUGGCGGGCAGCCAAUCAAAGUCAUGAUCUCUGAGGCGUGUGUUCAAGGGGACUCCAGUCAGACCCAGGGCAAGGAACUGGACCUUGAGCCUGGUUCUCCUCUAGUCUUUACCCAUCGGAUCAAACUGGUUCCGGGGUCAUGCGGAGGCGGGUGUGAGGCCGAGUUUGCUGCCCUGCGAGACCGUCUGGAGAGGCUGGAGAAGGAGGUGUCUGCCCUGAGGGAGAAGUGUGGAGGCCCAGAGGGGGGCUGCUGCACAUCCCAGCAGAGCAAAGGUACAGUAGGACUGCUGCCACGUGACUCACUGAUCAACUGGGUCUGGUUAUGACCAUUACAUGGCAUCCCCUCAUAGCUCCUCCCAUCUCACUGAAUCACCCAACUGGUUCUCAUUUGAGCACACACACACACACACACACACACACACACACACACACACACACACACACACACACACACAGCUCUUACAUUUAUAUAAAAAACGAUCCAAUACUGACCUCAACCAUGAUCGCAUUUUUAACUGGCAGACUACAGCCAUGCUCAUAUUAUGAUCUAACUGACAUGAGUAAUGAGGACUCUACUAACGGGUUCGACCAAUCAGAGCAAAUACAGUAAAGGGUCCAGCUCUAACUUUCUGCCCAAUGUGAUCUCAGACAAUCCUCCUAAUCUAGCUCUCCACCCUUCUCUCAAUGUGGGGCACUUUCAGCAACAGCAGGGAUAGUUUAUCCACCAAUCUGUUUAAAAUAUCAAUACACUCUAGCAAUGUUCCCUCUAAUCUUUUUCAGCACACAGCAAAUUUCAGGUCUGCUGACCGCAAACUUGAACAUCGUGAAAAUUCUGUGCAACUUCCAGUGCGCGUUUACUAUGAACACUGAGGCUAUACCCGCUUUAGGUUACAGUUUUAACAGUGGCCAAGUAGGCUAACGUGGCUAUUUGAUCAUAAUGUAGGCCUACCAGAGUGGCCUACCAUCAAAAACAAUGGAGAAAAUGCAUUCCAGAAUAUUUUAACAUAGAAAUAGCUGUUCUAUCAUUCAGCCUAGAGUAGCAGCCAAUGUGUGGUGAAUAACACUGAAUGAAGAAAACAUGCAGGGCUUGACAUCAACGUGUUUAUCCACUCGUCCUUCAGACAAGGAGGUGACUGAAAAUGUUGUUGUGUUGUUUGAUGCAAGAAACCAUUUAACAAAAUAAAAUGCAUUAUUAUUCCCAUUCCAUUAUUACUGAGAAUCAGACAAAUUAUGCUACCCUCUGCAUAUUGACUACUUAGCUUAUUCAAGUCUGUCUCAAAAUACAACACUGCCCCUUUAAGACAAAAAAAGCUCUUUACCUGACUUGCUUUUCAAAGAUGUCUAGAAAUGUACACGUUUUGUGCUCUUGUAGGAUGCAAUCACUCCCCUAUUGCUGACUACAAAUAACCUAUAACUGGGCUAAUAACUCACUAACUAGCAAACGAUGUGAACUAAAUGUGCACACGUGGCUAAUUGCAGCACUUGCUUUGAUCUCUAAACAAGCGCAUCUACUCACAACCACAGCUGUAAACACAGUCCAGUUCAAAGUAAACGGCACAGAUCCAUAUAUGGCAAUGAUCUAUUUGCAUACAGUGCAUUCUGAAAUUAUUCAGACCGCUUCAGUUUUUCCACAUUUUGUUGCAUUACAGCCUUAUUAUAAAAUGGAUUAAGUACAUUUUUUCCCUCAUCAAUCUACACACAAUACCCCAUAAUGACAAAGCGAAAACAGGUUUUUAGAAAUUUUAGCAAAUGUAUAAAAAAAAAAAACGGAUAUACCUUAUUUACAUAAGUAUUCAGACCCUUUGCUAUGAGACUCAAAAUUGAGUUCAGGUGCAUCCUGUUUCCAUUGAUCAUCAAUUUUUGGUUUCUACAACUUGAUUGGACUCCACCUGUGGUAAAUUCAAUUGAUUGGACAUGAUUUGGAAAGGCACAUACCUGUCUACAUAAGGUCCCACAGUUGACAGUGCAUGUCAGAGCAAAAACCAAGCCAUGAGGUCGAAGGAAUUGUCUGUAGAGCUCCGGGACAGGAUUGUGUCGAGGCACAGAUCUGGGGAAGGAUACCAAAAUAUUUCUGCAGUAUUGAAGGUCCCCAAGAACACAGUGGCCUCCAUCAUUCUUAAAUGGAAAAAGUUUGGAACCACCAAGACACUUCCUAGAGCUGGCCGCCUGGCCAAACUCAGCAAUCGGGGGAGAAGGGCCUUGCUCAGGGAAGUGACCUAGAACCAGAUGGUCACUCUGACAGAGCUCCAGAGUUCCUCUGUGGAGAUGGGAGAACCUUCCAGAAGGACAACCAUCUCUGCAGCACUCCACCAAUCAGGCCUUUAUGGUAGACUGGCCAGACAGAACCACUCCUCAGUAAAAGGCACAUGACAGCCCGCUUGGAGUUUGCCAAAAGGCACCUAUAGGACUCUCAGACCAUAAAAAACAAGAUUCUCUGGUCUGAUGAAACCAAGAUUGAACUCUUUAGCCUGAAUGCCAAGCGUCACGUCUGGAAGAAACCUGGCACCAUCCCUGCGGUGAAGCAUGGUGCUGGCAGCAUCAUUUUGUGGGGAUGUUUUUCAGUGGCAGGAACUGGGAGACUAGUCAGGAUCGAGGGAAAGAUGAACGGAGCAAAGUACAGCGAGAUCCUUGAUGAAAACCUGCUCCAGAGCGCUCAGGACCUCAGACUGGGGCAAAGGUUCACCUUCCAACAGGACAACGACCCUAAGCACACAGCCAAGAAAAUGCAGGAGUGACUUCGGGACAAGUCUCUGAAUGUCCUUGAGUGGCCCAGCCAGAGCCCGGACUUGAAACCGAUCGAACAUAUCUGGAGAGACGUGAAAAUAGCUGUGCAGCGACGCUCCCCAUCCAACCUGACAGAGCUUGAGAGGAUCUGCAGAGAAGAAUGGGAGAAACUCCCCAAAUACAGGUGUGCCAAGCUUGUAGCGUCAUACCCAAGAAGACUCGAGGCUGUAAUCACUGCCAAAGGUCCUUCAACAAAGUAAUGAGUAAAGGGUCUGAAUACUUAUGUAAAUGUAAUAUUUCAGUUUUAUAUUUUUAAUACAUUCAGCAAAAAUUUCAAAAAACCUUAUUUUCCUUUGUCAUUAUCGGUUAUUGUGUGUAGAUUGAUGAGGGGGUAAUAAGGAUGAAGCGUAACAAAAUGUGGAAAACGUCAAGGGGUCUGAAUACUUUACGAAUGCACUGUAUAGGCCUACUGCAGCUCUGAUUGGUUAUGCCCACCGGUCUGUGUAGAGUAUAGCCUGAGUCGUGCACAAUAGAAUCCUUCUCCGGUGCGUUCUGCCUACAACAAAAUAUAUUGCAUUGAUUAUUUUUCUAGUACGUUGCAUUGAAAGUGGCUAAUAUUGCGUUGAUUCGAUCACAAUUGCCACAGUAAAGGGAAACGUUGAUAGUGUUAACUAACAGGGAAAACUCUAGAAAGUUGAGUGAAGUUCAAUCUCGUGCUUCUCUCUGUGGGCUGAUAUUUCUUCUAUACUCUGCGUGGCAGUCUCGGGGCUACUGCGCGCCCACGCACGUGCGCAGCUUAGCGAGAACAUUGCACUCUAGUGUCUUACUGUUUUACUCUCUGUCUCUGUCCAAACCACCUCUUUAGGCGCUGAGUGCUCCAUCAAGCCGGAGGGAGACGAUUGUCCUAACGAGUGCAGUGACCAGGGACGCUGUGAGGACGGCAAGUGUGUCUGCUUCCCAGGGUUCAGUGGGCCCGACUGCAAUUUGUCUGACUGCCCCGACAACUGCAAUGACAAGGGGACGUGUGUGAACGGCCAGUGUGUGUGCGACCCAGGUUUCACAGGGCCAGACUGCUCUUCAGAGUCCUGUCCUGGUAACUGUAACAACAAGGGGCGAUGUGUGAACGGCCAGUGUGUGUGCAACAAUGGCUUCACAGGCCCCGACUGCUCCACCAAAGCAUGCCCUGGAAACUGUAACAACAAGGGGCGAUGUGAGAACGGCCAGUGUGUGUGCAACAAUGGCUUCACAGGCCCCGACUGCUCCACCAAAGCAUGCCCUGGAAACUGUAACAACAAGGGGCGAUGUGAGAACGGCCAGUGUGUGUGCAACAAUGGCUUCACAGGCCCCGACUGCUCCACCAAAGCAUGCCCUGGAAACUGUAACAACAAGGGGCGAUGUGAGAACGGCCAGUGUGUGUGCAACAAUGGCUUCACAGGCCCCGACUGCUCCACCAAAGCAUGCCCUGGAAACUGUAACAACAAGGGGCGAUGUGAGAACGGCCAGUGUGUGUGCAACAAUGGCUUCACAGGCCCCGACUGCUCCACCAAAGCAUGCCCUGGAAACUGUAACAACAAGGGGCGAUGUGAGAACGGCCAGUGUGUGUGCAACAAUGGCUUCACAGGCCCUGACUGCUCCACCAAAGCAUGCCCUGGAAACUGUAACAACGGGGGGAAGUGUGUGAAUGGCAAGUGUGUGUGUGAUAGCGGUUUUACAGGGCCAGACUGUUCUACCAAGUCUUGCCCUGGCAACUGCAGCAACCGUGGAAAGUGUGUGAACGGCCAGUGUGUCUGCGACAGCGGCUUUACGGGGCCGGACUGUUCCGCCAAAGCAUGUCCCAAUAACUGCAGCAACAAGGGAAGGUGCGUGAAUGGGAAGUGCGUGUGUGAAGUGGGCUUCACUGGGCAGGACUGCACCGCUAAGGGCUGUCCCGAUAACUGCAGCAACAAAGGGCGCUGCGUGAAGGGGAGGUGUGUGUGCCGCCGUGGUUUCGCCGCCCCGGACUGCAGCCAGUGUGAAGCUGGGUUCACUGGAGCUGACUGUGGCACAGGUGAGUCUCCAAAUAUUCUCCAUAAAACACUCUCGGCUGCAAUUGGCUUUUAUAUUGUCCAGUGAAACAGAGUGCACACUGUAUUAGCCACAUGGCAGUGCUAAUAUAUCAUACUGUACAGUCAGUGUGGAAUAUAGGGCGGCAGGUAGCCUAGCGGUUAAAAGCGUUGGGCCAGUAACCGCAAGGUCGCUGGUUCGGAUCCCCGAGCUGACUAGGUGAAAACCUGCCGAUGUGCCCUUGAGCAAGGCACUUAACCCUAAUUACUCCUGUGAAUCGCUCUGGAUAAGAGCAUCUGGUAAAUAUAGUAUUCCCUUCUAUCCAAUUCCACAUACUGUUAUAUGUGCCACAUUAUGCUUUCAAGUACUGUAUGUAGACCUCUACCAUACGUUGCAGCUUGAGGUGCUUACACAAGUUGACUAAUGGACUUUGACUUCUUAGGAAAAAUAGGACUCUGUAUUUUACAUUGACUUUACAGUUAAAUGGGGGAAAGGUGACAAAAGGAUGCCUUAUUGCCUUUAAAAUCAAUUCCAUGGUAAAUCACUUUAGCUAAUGCAAGGAAACAUUGCAUGACAUUGUUGGCUUGAAUGACUGAAACUAAGCAUCUAACCCCCCCCCCCCCCCCCCCCCGUCUCCAGCAAUGUCUGGUGUGUCCCAGCUCAACACUAAGGACAUCACUGACUCCUCUGUCACCCUCUUCUGGACCCCACCUCCAGUCCAGUAUGACACCUACCACGUCACCUUCACCAGCCAGGUAACAACACCCUACACACCCUACUCACAAGUUCUUAUGAAGUUGUGAGUUGUGAAUCUGGGUCCUAAAUAAAGCACAAAGUAAACUGAACUUGAGAAACAACUGUUAGACAACAGAUGUAUUUGCUGAGAAUGAACAGUCACCAAAAUGAACAGAAGGCUGCUCUCAUGGCACGAAGCCCGGUUCUCAUUCCAGGUUUUAAGACUUGUUUUGGGGGCAAAUGUUGAAAAGGUCAUGGUGGUGCGUUAUUUCCAUGACAAAUCCCCAAAACGUUUGCCUACAAUGUCCCUGAAAGCCCAAGGGAAUUCAAUGGUGGCAUACUGUAAAUAAAAACCUCCCAUGGAAAAAGACAUUGACUCCUUUGGCUUCAAAUCAAAUAAUGUCACAUGCUUUGUGAGAGAAAAAAAGAGAAAUAAUAUUUAAAAAAUAACACAAGGAAUAAAUACACUAUGAGUAAAGAUAACUUGGUUAUAUACAUGGGGUACCAGUACCGAGUCGGUGUGCAGGGGUAUGAGAUAAUUUGAGGUAGAUAUGUACAGUGCAUUCGGAAAGUGUUCAGACCCCUUUACUUUUUCCACAUUUUGUUACGUUACAGCCUUGUUCUAAAAUUGAUUAAAUUGUUUUUUCCCCCUCAUCAAUCUGCACACAAUACCCCAUAAUGUUUUCACUUUGUCAUUAUGGGGUAUUGUGUGUGUAUAUGGGUGAGAGAAAAAAUAUCAUUGUAAUCCAUUUUGAAUUCAGGCUGUAACACAACAACAUGUGGAAUAAGUCAAGGGGUAUGAAUACUUUCUGAAGGCACAGUGCAUUCGGAAAGUAUUCAGACUCCUUCCCUUUUACCACAUUUUGUUAUGUUACAUUUGCCCAUUGUUUUCAAAAUUCUUCAAGGUCUGUCAAAUUGGUUGCUGAUCAUUGCUAGACGACCAUUUUCAGGUCUUGACAUAGAUUUUUAAGUAGAUUUAAGUCAAAAUUGUAACUCGGCCACCCAAGAACAUUCACUGUCUUCUUGGUAAGCAACUCCGGUGUAGAUUUGGCCUUGUGUUUUAGGUUACUGUCGUGCUGAAAGGUGACUUCAUCUCCCAGUGAAUGGUGGAAAGCAGACUGAACCAGGGUUUUCUCUAGGAUUGUGCCUAUGCAUAGCUCAAUUCCAUUAAUUUUUUUAUCCUGAAAAACUCCCCAGUCCUUAACGAUUACAAGCAUACCCAUAACAUGACGCAGCCACCAAUAUGCUUGAAAAAAUGGAGAGUGGUACUCAGUAAUGUGUUGUAUUGGAUUUGCCACAAACAUAACACUUUGUAUUCAGGACAAAAAGUGAAUUGCUUUGCCACAUUUUUUGCAUUAUUACUUUAGUGCCUUGUUGCAAACAAGAUGCAUGUUUUGGAAUAUUUGUAUUCUGUACAGGCUUCCUUCUUUUCACUCUAUCAAUUAAGUUAGUAUUAUGGAGUAACUACAAUGUUGUUGAUCCAUCAUCAGUUUUCUCUAAUCACAGACAACUGUGUAACUGUUUUAAUGUCACCAUUGGCCUCAUGGUGAAAUCCCUGAGCAGUUUCCUUCCUCUCUGAUGCCUGUAUCUUUGUAUUGACUGGGUGUAUUGAUACACCAACUAAAGUGUAAUUAAUUACUUCACCAUGCUCAAAGGGAUAUUCAAUGUCUGUUUGUUUCUACCAAUAGGUGCCCUUCUUUGCUAGGCAUUGGAAAACCUCCCUGGUCUUUGUAGUUGAAUUUGUGUUUGGAAUUCACUGCUCGACUGAGGGACCUUAUAGAUAAUUGUAUGUGUGGGGUACAGAGAUUAGGUAGAUAGGCAUUCAAAUGUCAUGUUAGACACUAUUACAGCACACAGUGAGUCCAUGCAACUAAUUAUGUGACUUGUUAAGCAAACUCUUACUCCUGAACUUAUUUAGGCUUGCCGUAACAAAGGGGUUGAAUACUUAUUUGACUCAAGAUAUUUCAGCUUUUAAUUUUUUAUAAAUUUCUAAAAUGUUCUACAAACACAAUUCCACUUUGACAUUAUGGGGUAUUGUGUGUAGAUCAGUGGCACAACAUCUCAAUGUAAUCAAUUUUAAAUUCAGGCUGUAACACAAAAUGUGGAAAAAGUAAAGGGGUGUGAAUACUUUUCAAUGUGACGAGUCAAAAGAGAGUGCAAAAAGGGUCAAUGCAGAUAGUUAUAUAGUUAACCAAUAUCUACCCGGACUAGCUAUUUAGCAGUCUUAUGGCUUGGGGGUAGAAGCUGUUCAGGGUCCUGUUGGUUCCAGACUUGGUGCAUCGGUACCGCUUGCCGUGCGGUAGCAGAGAGAACAGUCUAUGACUUAGGUGGCUGGAGUCUUUGACAAUUUUUAGGGCCUUCCUCUGACACCACCUGGUAUAGAGGUCCUGGAUGGCAGGGAGCUCGGCCCCAGUGAUGUACUGGGCCGUACGCACUACCUUCUGUAGCGCCUUGCGGUCGGAUGCCAAGCAGUUGCCAUACCAAGUGGUGAUGCAGCCAGUCAAGAUGCUCUCAAUGGUGCAGCUGUAAAACUUUUGAGGAUCUCAGGGCCCAUGCCGAAUCUUUUCAGCCUCCUGAGGGGGAAGAGGCAUUGUUGUGCCUUCUUCACAACUGUGUUGGUGUGUGUGUGGACCAUGAUAAUUCCUUAGUAAUGUGGACACCGAGGAACUUGAAGCUCUCGACCCGCUCCACUACAGCCCCGUCGUUGUGGAUAGGGUCGUGUGCAGCCCUCCGUUUCCUUUGCCUUGCUGUCAUUUAGGGACAGGUUGUUGUCCUGGCACCACUUUGACAGGUCACUGACCUCCUCCCUAUAGGCCGUCUUAACGUUGUCGAUGAUCAGGCCAACCACUGUUGUGUUGUCAGCAAACUUAAUGAUGGUGUUGAUAUCGUGUGCUGCCACGCAGUCAUGGGUGAACAGGGAGUACAGGAGGGGACUAAGCACGCACUCCUGAGGGGCCCCCGUCUUGAGGGUCAGCUUGGCGAAUGUGUUGUUGCCUACCCUCACCACCUGGGGGCAGCCCGUCAGGAAGUCCAGGAUCCGAUUGCAGAGGGGAGGUGUUCAGUCCCAGGGUCCUGAGCUUAGUGAUUAGCUUGGAGGGCACUAUGGUAUUAAACCCUGAGCUACAGUCAAUGAACAGCAUUCUCACGUAGGUGUUCCUCCUGUCCAAGUGGGAGAGGGCAAUGUGGAGUGCAAUAGAGAUUGUGUCAUCUGUGGAUCUCUUGGGGCGGUAUGCGAAUUGGAGUGGGUCUAGGGUGUCUGGGAUGAUGGUUUUGAUGUGAGCCAUGACCAGCCUUUCAAAGAAUUUAAUAUCUACAGAUGUGUGUGCUACGGGGCGAUAUUCAUUUAGACAGGUUACCUUGGCGUUCUUGGGCACAGGGACUAUGGUGGUCUGCUUGAAACAUGUAGGUAUUACAGACUGUGUCAGGGAGAGGUUGAAAAUGUCAGUGAAGACACUUGCCAGCUGGUCAGUGCAUGCUCUGAGUACGUACAGUUGAAGUCGGAAGUUUACAUACACCUUAGCCAAAUACAUUUAAACUCAGUUUUUCACAAUUCCUGACAUUUAAUCCUAGUUUAAAUUCCCUGUUUUAGGUCAGUUAGGAUCACCACUUUAUUUUAAGAAUGUGAAAUGUCAGAAUAAUAGUAGAGAUAAUUAUUUAUUUCAGCUUUUAUUUCUUUCACCACAUUUCCAGUGGGUCAGAAGUUUACAUACACUUAAUUAGUAUUUGGUAGCAUUGCCUUUAAAUUGUUUAACUUGGGUAAAAGGUUUCGGGUAGCCUUCCACAAGCUUCCCACAAUAGGUUUUGUGAAUUUUGGCCCAUUCCUCCUGACAGAGGUGGUGUAACUGAGUCAGGUUUGUAGGCCUCCUUGCUCGCACACGCUUUUUCAGUUCUGCCCACACAUUUUAUAUUGGAUUGAGGUCAGGACUUUGUGAUGGCCAUUCCAAUACCUUGACUUUGUUGUCCUUAAGCCAUUUUGCCACAACUUUGGAAGUCCAUUUGGAAGACCUAUUUGCGACCAAGCUUUAACUUCCUGACUGAUGUCUUGAGAUGUUGCUUCAAUAUAUCCACAUAAUUUUCCUUCCUCAUGAUGCUAUCUAUUUUGUGAAGUGCACCAGUCCCUCCUGCAGCAAAGCACCCCCACAGCAUGUUGCUGCCACCCCCGUGCUUCACGGUUGGGAUGGUGUUCUUCGGCUUGCAAGCAACCACCUUUUUCCUCCAAACAUAACGGUGGUCAUUAUGGCCAAACAGUUCUAUUUUUGUUUCAUCAGACCAGAGGACAUUUCUCCAAAAAGUACGAUCUUUGUCCCCAUGUGCAGUUGCAAACCGUAGUCUGGCUUUUUUAUGGCGGUUUUGGAGCAGUGGCUUCUUCCUUGCUGAGCGGCCUUUCAGGUUAUGUCGAUAUAGGACUCGUUUUACUGUGGAUAUAGAUACUUUUGUACCUGUUUCCUCCAGCAUCUUCACAAGGUCCUAUGCUGUUGUUCUGGGAUUGAUUUGCACUUUUCGCACCAAAGUACGUUCAUCUCUAGGAGACAGAACGCGUCUCCUUCCUGAGCAGUAUGAUGGCUGCGUGGUCCCAUGGUGUUUAUACUUGCGUACUAUUGUUUGUACAGAUGAACGUGGUACCUUCAGGCAUUUGGAAAUUGCUCCCAAGGAAGAACCAGACUUGUGGAGGUCUACAAUUUAUUUUCUGAGGUCUUGGCUGAUUUCUUUUGAUUUUCCCAUGAUGUCAAGCAAAGAGGCACUGAGAUUGAAGGUAGGCCUUGAAAUACAUCCACGGGUACACCUCCAAUUGACUGAAAUGAUGUCAAUUAGCCGAUCAGAAGCUUCUAAAGCCAUGACAUCCUUUUCUGGACUAUUCCAAGCUUUUUAAAGACACAGUCAAUUUAGUGUAUGUAAACUUCUGACCCACUGGAAUUGUGAUACAGUGAAUUAUAAGUGAAAUUAUCUGUCUGUAAACAAUUGUUGGAAAAAUUACUUGUGUCAUGCACCAAGGAGAUGUCCUAACCGACUUGCCAAAACUAUAGUUUGUUAACAAGACAUUUGUGGAGUGGUAAAACAAGUUUUAAUGACUCCAACCUAAGUGUAUGUACAUUUCCGACUUCAACUGUAAGUGCUACAUUUGCCUGCCCUUAUUUGCCGUUGGUGGAUAAUAUGUAAGGUAAUUUAAAGGUAAUUUCAGAUUGAGAAGAUAUAUAUAGCUUCUACCGUGAAUGCUGUCUCCGCUAACACCGGAACAUUGCCUUUAAAUUUCAAUCACGCUGUAACGCUGAACUUCCGCGAUACGGACUGAAUAGAGCCCUUUGUUUUCUAUGCCAAAUAAAUCAAUCCAAAGAUUGAUCUUGAGAACAGUAACACACCACAGUUUGACAGCUGAGCAGCAGAGGUCCAUCACACAACUGAAAGAUGAGUCCAUAUUCAACAGUUACUGGCAGGGGAGCCUCAGACCAUGUCAGAAACAGAUGACUCUCAAUCCCUCUUAACUCACAAUUACUGUGUUUUUCAAUUUAAAUUCAGUCAUUAAUUUCACUCAGCCUUUAAAGACUUUCAAAUGGCAAAACAAUUGUUUCACUGAGCAAAACCCUUUAGUGAACUGUUGGAGUACAUAACAAGGUUUAUAGAUCCUGUAAAUGUGCAGAUAUGCAAACGUUUUGCCAAAAUAAAUAGCAGUGGACAUUUUGCCAGUUUCUGUUUAAUGAUGUUUGGCGUUAACUAACUGUCACUUCAGUAAAUACUGGUUUGCUUUUACUGGUUCAACUGAUAUACUGUCACGAUCGUCGGGAACAGAGGACCAAUGCGCAGCGUUGAAUGCAAACAUAUUUAUUACCACUGAAGGAUAACACGAACAAAAACGAUAACGUGACAGUCAACGGUCUAACACAAACCAACUAGAACAAGAACCCACAAACACAACGGGAAAAACAGACAGUUUAAAUAUGGCUCCCAAUCAGAGACAACCAGCCACAGCUGACACUCGUUGCCUCUGAUUGGGAGUCACUCAGGCCAACAUAGAAAUAAACCAACUAGAACUCCCAACAUAGAAAUAGAAUACAUAGAUCUACACACCCUGGCUCAACAUAACAGUGUCCCCAGAGCCAGGGCGUGACAGUACCCCCCCCUAAAGGCGCGACCGCGCCAACUAAAUACCACAGGGGAGGGACCGGGUGGGCACUCCGCCUUGGCGGCGGAUCCGGCUCCGGGCCUGAUCCCCACUCCCUCUCCAACCCCCCAAAGUACCCCUGGUCCGGUCUGGCCCCGCUGGCCGGAGCUGGACUGCACACUGAUGGAGCGGAUUGCUCUAGCUCCGGCGUAACGCAUCUGACCGGUGCCGGACCAGGCACCAGUGGAACAGGCACGGGCCGUGCUGGACUGACGACGCCCACCACUGGCUUGGUGUGGAGAACAGGCACGGGCCGUGCUGGACUGACGACGCACACCACUGGCUUGGUGUGAGGAGCAGGAGCGGGCCGAACCGGGCUGGCGACGCGCACCAUUGGCUUGGUGCGGGAAGCAGGAGCGGACUGGACCGGGCUGACGACGCACACCACUGGCUUGGUGUGAGGAGCAGGAGCGGGCCGAACCGGGCUGGCGACGCGCACCAUUGGCUUGGUGCGGGAAGCAGGAGCGGACCGGACCGGGCUGACGAUGCGCACCCCUGGCUUGGUGCGUGGAGCAGCAACGGGCCGGACCGGGCUGACGAUACGCACCCCUGGCUUGGUGCGUGGAGCAGGAACGGGCCGGACCGGGCUGACGAUACGCACCCCUGGCUUGGUGCGUGGAGCAGGAACGGGCUGGACCGGGCUGACGACUCGCACCCCUGGCUUGGUGCGAGUGGCAGGAACAGGCCGGACCGGGCUGGCGACGCGCACCAUAGGCUUGGUGCAGGGAGCAGGAACAGGCCGGGCUGGGCUGGCGACGCGCACUGUACACUUGGUGCGGGGAGCAGGAACAGACCGGACCGUACUGGGGACACACACCACUGGCCCUACACCGGGAUCUGGAACGGGCCGGACCGGACUGGUAACACACCCCAGUACCUCUCGCCGUGCCUCUACACCUUCCAUCCCCUCUUCGACCAGUGGCCCCCGUAACCUGGCGGCCUCCUCUGCCAACCCGCUGGACCGCUCUAUCGCGGCCUCCUGCUGCCCCGACGUCGUGAGCCCCCCCCUAAAAAUGUUCUGGGGUUCUCUCUUCCCCGUGGGCCAGGCCUCUAUAAUUCUUGCCCAACUCUCGCUCUUCUGCUUCCAACUCCCGCCAUUCAGCUCCUCAUUGGGCUUGACCCAGUCGAAGCUCUUCCUCCACUGUUCCCAAGUCCACCCUCUCUGCUCCUCACUAGGCUUGACCCAGUUGAGGUUGCCACGGAGAUCUGCUAGCGAUUCCCCUGGCGAUGGCUCCUGGACACGCUGCUUGGUCCAGUUUUGGUGGGUUCUUCUGUCACGAUCAUCGGGAACAGAGGACCAAUGCGCAGCGUUGAAUGCAAACAUAUUUAUUACCACUGAAGGAUAACACGAACAAAAACGAUAACAUGACAGUCAACGGUCUAACACAAACCAACUAGAACAAGAACCCACAAACACAACGGGAAAAACAGACAGUUUAAAUAUGGCUCCCAAUCAGAGACAACCAGCCACAGCUGACACUCGUUGCCUCUGAUUGGGAGUCACUCAGGCCAACAUAGAAAUAAACCAACUAGAACUCCCAACAUAGAAAUAGAAUACAUAGAUCUACACACCCUGGCUCAACAUAACAGUGUCCCCAGAGCCAGGGCGUGACAUAUACUUAUAUACUGGUUCAACUUAUACGGUUGGAUUCACAGCCAUAGUAACCACAGAACGGAGGAUAUAAUAAAAAAUAAUAAUAAUAAUAUAAUUAAUAUAAAAGCAUUACAUAAAAUGUAAAACAUAUGACUGACAUACUGAUCUGGAUUUCUGUUGAACAUAACAGGACUUAAUAACAUUACAUAAGUGUAUUGUAUUACAUUUGUUCAGCAGCUCAUGGUAUCAAUCAGUGGAUUCAAAAGAUAAAAUCCAGUUUCCAAUAUCAAAAGGUAAUUCACAGAGACAUAUGCUACCAAUUUUAUUCAAAGCUGCCUUUGUACUCUUUGUUUUGAGUAUAGGAUGUUAGUGUUUCACUGAUUUGCACUACAGAAUAACUUCCUAUUAAGUUCAAGUUCAGUUAACAUACAGUAGCCUGGAAACUAAGUAUAAAAACAACAUACAUUGCUAUGAUCUAAUACAAUAUCCGGGCCAUGUGUGCAACUUUUCACUUUCAGGUCUCCCACUGUAAUUGUGCCUUUAAGGCCCAGUGCAGUCAAAAACUUGAUUUUCCUGUGUUGUAUAUAUAUAUCAACACUAUGAGGUUGGAAAAAUGUUGUGCAAUUUAGAAAAUGAUGAUAAUGCCCUUUUAGUGUAAGAGCUAGUUGAAAAGAUUGCCUGAAAUUGUAGCCUGUUUUGGUGAGAUGGAGUUGUGGUGACAUCACCGGGUGAUAAAUUAGUUAAUAUACCAAUAAGAAAUAGAGUUCCAAACCUCUCUGCCAAUAACAGCUAGUUUUAAAUGUUCCCCUCCCCACUCAGACCACUCCUAGACAGUCUUAGCAAAAUUCUUGCUUGAGAAAUUGCUUGUUGCUAAGAAGCAAUUUUUGUUUAUUUUUAACCAUUUUAAUUGAAAAUAAUCAAGGAAAGGUACUACAUUGUUAUCCAGAAAUGAUUUGAUAGAAGAAGAAAAAAACGGCUGCAUUGUACCUUUAAUAAAACAUAUGCUCCCAAUCUGCACAGAGGGGUGAUGUUAGAUGUACACAAUGACAAACUGGAUUGGUACUCAUCAUUCACAUGUUGUUGGACCUUGCUAUUACAGUAGACACAAGCACUCUAUAGAAGCUGUAUCCAUGUCCUUAAAAGUCUCAUCUACAACACUGAAACAAAGAGAGGCACCUUAAUGACAACCAAAAGGACCAUUGGAAAAGGUAGGGAAAUGGUACAAAGAUGAAACAACCCUCUUUUUCCUCCUUAAUGGAACUAUUUCAAUGAGUGAAUGAGAUUGUUAUUCUUCAUAAACGGGUUCCAGACAAAAAAAUAUAGAGAAAAAAUAUAUAAAAAAUAAUAGAGGCUAUUGUAGGUUAGUAGAGUGAAGUUUGGCCACAGCAUCAGCACUAGGAUGCAUUCCAAAAACUCAUCGCAAAACAACAACAGCGGAAACAGCCUAUUUUACAUACAUGACAGGGGUAGGUGUGAGAAGAAAUAUGGAGGAAGGGAGGACAUCCUUGUAAAGGGAAUAAGUAAAACUAGGGAUGAAAGUCAUAGGCGAGUCAAAGGAGAAAGUCAUAGCAACAAUAGUUAGGGAAAGGGAAGGAUAAUGGGAGAUAGAGAGAGUGGGCAGCAAGGGAGAAGAAAAGAUGCAGAUGUGGGAUGCUUGUUGCUGGGGCAGCCGUAAACACUGUCAAAAACAUGGCCCUGGCCAGAGAAAUGACUUCACUGGUCGGCAGCUGUGACACAGCGGAAGAGAGUGAAUGAGGGAGAUACACAUUAAUCUCUCAUGUUUACAGAUAAACAACACACGUAGACUAAACAGGACACAAACCCCACAUUGUGCAAGAUAAAGCACAACGACACACUCAAAACUAGAGGCAUAUGACAUACGCACACUGUAGAUCAACGCUGGGCAACCUGGCAACCCAGCUGGGCCCCAUUUCCCAUAUGAGAGAAUAUAUUACACAAUGGAGAAAAACUUGGAGAACACCCCCAUAAUUCUCAAAUUAUCACAUAUCAAUUAAGGAAAUUGUGAGAGUUGGAACGUGAAAGGAUGACAACAUUUCUCAAAGCUUUGUGAUCUACUGGAUUUCCCCUAUAUGUUAAUAAUUAAUUACUUUCACAAUACUACUAUUACAUAAUUGGAACUGUUCACCUCAGUGCCAAGAAAAGAAUGAAACUACCCACCCACGUUCAUUUCCAACAGAGACAUAAUGUUUCUAUAUUGUCUGAUGAUGUUUUACUGCAUAGCUGUUGAGUGGUGUAGUAAUGUGAUUUUAAGGCCCACUGUGGACAAUAAAUAUGAGUCCAGUUACUAAUUUAGAGAGUAGGCUCGGUUGAUGUUUACAAAAUAUCUGAAUAUAGGCUUCGGCAUGACAGAAUUUGUAAGUUAGCCUACUCCCCCUGCUGGUAAGCAUACAUGCACCCAUUCUAUAUCAUCUUUAACAGGUUCUGACUAGCAUUACAAAUUAACUGAAAUACCAGUAGGCCAAAAGGGCGUAUUAAUCCUCUUGAUAUCUGUUCUAACAUUGACCUUAUCAUUUUCUGUGCCACACAGAAAGAGGGCGAUCAACAGAUAACAUCUCAAGUUGGAGGCAAGCUCACGGCCUACACCCAAUCAGGCCUGGCGGCCGGGCAAGAGUACACAGUGACAAUCAAGGGAGAAAUAGAUGGGAGAAUGGGCGCUGAGAGCACAGCAGAAUUCACCACCCGUGAGUCAGGAAACCCCAUUUUGUAUCUCCUUAUUAUCAUUUUCUACUUCCAUUAUUGAUAGAUAUAAAUGCAAAGUUCUUUUUUUCCCCCACUACUUUUCCCUCACCUACCACUCAGUUAUCUCUGGUCCCACAAACCUUCAAGUUGUGAAGACAACCACAACAUCUGCAGUUGUCCAAUGGGAACAAUCGCAAGGAGACAUCGACAGGUAUCGCUUAACUGUUACACCCAAUCAGACAGACGGAACAGCCAAGGGAAGACAAGACCUGACCCUGCCCCCUGAGAGGGACUCUGCCCAGAUUGACGGUUUGGACCCGGGACAUUUGUAUGACAUCACAAUAGUGGCUGAAAAAGGCAGGAUCAAGAGCAAGCCAGCAACAGUCCAAGUCACUCCUGGUGAGUUUUAUUGGAUGAGGGGGUUGCUUACCUUACUUACUACAUUGCAUAUGAAAAGAUCCAGGGACUAGAUCGUAUAAGAAGCAAUCUUGAUUUAGUGUGUCAGAUUCUUUAUUAGUUUAUUGGGAAAUAAAGACCAUAAAAAUAAUACUAUAUUUUGAGAUAAGGGAGUUGCACAAAUAUACAGUCAUGAAACAACAAAUAAAUUGUGAACUAAGCAGAAGAAGCAGGAGAGAGAGAAAAUCAUAUGUUUAAAAAGAGAGGGAAAUCUCUGAAACAAAUUGGAUACCCUGGCAAUGUGAAUAUGCGAGGGAGGCCAGCCCUGCUCCUGUGAAGUGUUAUCCCACUAAAGUUAACAUGUCUAGACACGUCAUUAUUCAAUAGAGCAGGUCAUUGGAAGUGAAAUUAAAAUGUUAGAUUGAAAUGAAUUUAUGUACAAUAUAAAAACUCCUCCUGGAGCUAAGCUGAUCUCUCUUCGUAAAAUAUAUCUUCAUUUUCUUUCUUUCUUUUUGAUAAUUAAUGCUGCUCUCUUUCUUGACAAUAGCAGCACACACUUAACUCACAACAUUGAAUAUUUCAGCACCCGAACAAUGAAUGGCAAGGUUGUUUUAAUGACCAAAUGUAAUAAUCUUUCCACUUCUCCCUGCAGGUUUGGACAGCACAUAGGCAAACUAUUUAUUGCACUAAUGUCAAUGCAGGUGUUGUUGGAAAUAAUAAUUUUUCUAAUUGUUCAGUUCAAAGAUAAUAUUUGUGAUUUUCCCAUUUGGAUCUAACAGUGUUUCCCUCCAGUAGUGGUAUCUUUGAUUCCAAACAAUCGCUUCAUGCCUUUAGGAAAAUCCACAAAGACAAUAUCCAAGGUGACCAUGCAGGUAGCACCAGGAGUAGAAAGCCAUGAGGGAGACCCAGCAGGGAAUACAAAGCCUGUGAAGGACAUCUUCUACAUGAAGGCCAAGGGUGAAGAACCAGAGAGGGGGAAGGAUUGGAGUGGACCAGGCGCUGUAACAGUCGAAGGAACCAAUGGAACCAAAGAGGACAAAUCUGUUACAACCAGUACAAGACCACUUGUCAACACAAACUACAGGGUUGUACCUAAACCAGGUGAUAGAAUAACCUUGCCCAGGAAACCAUACAUUGGAGGGUCUAUCCAUUUUAAUGGUACAAGAGUAGGCCAGGGUGGUAGGAGAGUGGGUCACAGUCUCCUGAAAAAGCCUGCAAGCAGAAAUCCAUUGGAGGGACCAAAGGUCAAGAAGACCUUAGAUACUGACUCUAAACCAGAAAAUCCCUUUGUUGGGUACAGGACUAUAGCCUUAACUGUGAAAGACACUAACCUGGAGACAAGUCCUCUUGGAGAAAAAUAUGAAACUUUGACAAAGACCUAUCCUGUCGGAAUCCUUCCUGUAAAUGCCACUCCAAGCUCUGGUUCUGAUCAAACAGUGAUUCCUGGCCUAAAGGACCUACCCAAUAGAAAAAAAGGUACAGAGACUGAAACAAAUGAGCCAGGGCCAGGGACAGAUGGUUUGGAGCAUACCACCACAUCAGAAAAAAAUACUAUGGUUCACCCGAAAUGUGUCAACAAGGUUAAAUUGACACACAGGAAAGUCAAUGUGACCCGUAGAGAGAGAGUCAUUGGAGGGAGGGUGAAUGGCACAAUAGUUAAAAAUAAACCCACAACAGAGCAGGGGUUUGCUGAAAAAGAGGACAGUGCACUAAAAGUGUCUGAAACAGGACAUUCAAAGACAACAUUUUCUGAGCGCAACCUGGUAAUUCACACACAGAGAAAAGCAGAUGACAUUUCUCCACACACCACACAAAGUCCUACAUAUCCAACUUCCUCUUCACCAUCACCAGUAUCACCUACUUCCUACAUGUCAUGUUCUUCUUCAGCUCCUGCAAAACAAGAUGAAUCAAUGACCGGUAUGGGUCAACCCAUGACUGACAGACACGUGGUGAAUGCAAAGACUUUGCCUGUUCCCCAAUCCCAAUCAUCCAACCUCCCUCCAGAAAGGGAACCAACAUCCUCCAGUGAAUCAGAACAAAAUGGCAAAGGACCAUCUCCCUCCAACUCUGAGGAAUCAUACUCAGAUAAAGAUCAUGUUGCAGUAGCAGAAGUGGAUGUCAGCAAAGAUGGAGAGAAAACCACUGGCGUGGGAUUGUUUGGAACCAAACCAAAACAAAACAAAGACUCUGAGAAUGGGCGGCACACUACCUUUUCGCCGCCUACCUCCAAAGGGGCCCUACCAACGCCGCCCAAACCUAAAUAUGAGACCAUUCCAAAACAGGACACGUUCACCUUCUUCAGCUCCCACAAAACAAAAUGA